GUGACACUCUGGAGUGAUCACACACUCCCAGCUCAGAGCCGCGAGAGAGCGGAGGGAACCCAGUAGCGUACCCGCCGCCGCCGCCCUGUGCGCCCGGCUCUCCCAGCGCAGCUCCCCAGCCUGGCGCCAGUGCCCGGAGCUGCCGGCCGCGGAGCCCUCGCCAGCUCUGCUCUCCGCUGAAGCAUCCUCCCGCCGCCCAGCGCCGCACUCUCCCUGCUAUUUAAAAGGACCUCCCGCCACUCCCUGGCUCUGCCCGGGGAUCCCCUAGUCCCGCGCUUCUCCCCGCUCCACUUCGCAGCAACUUAGGCGGCGGCGCUCAGCCAGUCCUCGACCGCCUUUGAAGUUUGCAGCGCCGGCCGCAAAGUUGAGACACUUUGGCCGAUUUAAUUCUUCUCUUUUAACUGCCUUCUCCUCCACCACCCAUCCACCCUUCACUCCGCAAGUCCCUUUGGUUCAUGAGUACUGGUGCUUAGUAUCUUGGCCCGCGCCGGGGACGUGGACUGUUGCGCACACCACACCUUGGGGGAGGAAUAUUUCUUCUCCCCUGGAGAAGCAAACAUUUUAAGGAUGGUGCCUCUCCACUGGUGUAUGCUGUGGCUGCUAUUACCACUCAGCUCAAAGACCCAGAAGUUACCCACUCGAGAUGAGGAACUCUUCCAGAUGCAAAUUCGGGACAAGGCAUUUUUUCAUGAUUCAUCAGUAAUUCCAGAUGGAGCUGAAAUUAACAGUUAUCUCUUUAGAGACACACCUAAAAGGUAUUUCUUUGUGGUUGAAGAAGACAACACUCCAUUAUCAGUCACAGUGACUCCUUGUGAUGCACCCUUAGAGUGGAAGCUGAGCCUCCAGGAGCUGCCAGAGGAGGCAAGUGGGGAAGGCUCAGGUGAUCUAGAACCUCUGGAUCAGCAGAAGCAGCAGAUCAUUAAUGAGGAAGGCACAGAGUUAUUCUCCUACAAAGGCAAUGAUGUGGAAUAUUUCAUAUCUUCUAGUUCUCCAUCUGGUUUAUAUCAGUUGGAGCUUCUUUCAACAGAGAAAGAUACACAUUUCAAAGUAUAUGCCACCACAACUCCAGAGUCUGACCAGCCCUACCCUGAAUUACCUUACGACCCAAGAGUUGACGUCACCUCGCUGGGACGCACCACAGUCACUUUGGCCUGGAAACCAAGCCCCACAGCCUCUUUGCUGAAACAACCCAUUCAGUACUGUGUGGUCAUCAACAAAGAGCACAAUUUCAAAAGUCUCUGUGCAGUGGAAGCAAAGCUGAGUGCAGAUGAUGCUUUCAUGAUGGCACCAAAACCCGGUGUGGACUUCAGCCCUUUCGACUUUGCCCACUUUGGAUUUCCUUCAGAUAACUCAGGUAAAGAACGCAGCUUCCUGACAAAGCCUUCCCCAAAACUGGGGCGGCAUGCCUACUCGAGGCCCAAGGUUGACAUUCAGAAAAUCUGCAUAGGAAAUAAAAACAUCUUCACUGUCUCGGACCUGAAACCCGACACGCAGUACUACUUUGACGUCUUUGUGGCCAACAGCAACAGCAACACGAGCACUGCCUACGUGGGCACCUUUGCCCGGACCAAGGAAGAAGCAAAACAGAAGACAGUUGAGCUGAAAGAUGGGAAGGUUACAGAUGUGUUUGUUAAAAGGAAGGGAGCAAAGUUUCUACGAUUUGCUCCAGUCUCCUCUCACCAAAAAGUCACCUUCUUUAUUCACUCUUGUCUGGAUGCUGUGCAGAUCCAAGUGAGAAGAGAUGGGAAACUUCUCCUGUCUCAGAAUGUAGAAGGCAUACGGCAGUUUCAGCUGAGAGGAAAACCGAAGGCCAAAUAUCUCAUUCGACUGAAAGGAAACAAGAAAGGAGCCUCUCUGUUGAAAAUACUAGCCACCACCAGGCCGAGUAAGCAGUCAUUUCCCUCUCUUCCUGAAGACACACGAAUCAAAGCUUUCGACAAGCUCCGUACCUGUUCUUCAGCCACCGUGGCUUGGCUAGGUACCCAGGAAAGGAACAAGUUUUGCAUCUACAAAAAGGAAGUGGAUGAUAACUACAAUGAAGACCAGAAGAAAAGAGAACAAAACCAAUGCCUUGGACCAGAUACAAGGAAGAAAUCAGAGAAGGUCCUCUGUAAAUAUUUCCAUAGUCAAAACCUACAAAAAGCAGUGACCACAGAAACAAUUAAAGGUCUUCAGCCUGGAAAAUCUUACCUGCUGGAUGUUUAUGUCAUCGGACAUGGGGGGCACUCUGUGAAGUAUCAGAGUAAAGUUGUGAAAACCAGGAAGUUCUGUUAGUUACCUCAGAUAGAGAUACAGUUCGUAGAACUCCUAGAGAGACAUGCAAUCACUUUAAGUAUAAGCUGACUACUCCCACAGCUGAGAGAAGUUGUGACCUGUAUUUGUACUAUGGAAGGAAGGAUAUCCACUCAUGUAUAUUGGUGUUCAUAUAAGUAAUUGUUGAAGGAGACUUGGUCCAGUGAGCCCCGAUGGUACCUAGUGUGCACCUGAUAUCAAUGAUAAAGGUUAUCUUGAAGGAAUGGCCAUCCCUUGCUUUGACCACUGCAUGAACUGCUUCUAAAUUAUUUUAUUACCUAAAAGUUUAAAAUAUGCCAUUCAUUGCACACAUCCACAAAUGCAAAUCAUUCCUUUCAAUAGAUGCUAGGAUAUAUAUAUAAAUUAUUUUAUAAAGUCUUGUUUUAAAUGUCAGUGUUUCUAUAAUUGUAAACUAUUAAAUUCCUUUCCUGUUAAAGUACAGAUCUAACCUAAGUAUAUUAAGUGGAAAGCCCUUUAGUCAUUUAUAUUGCUAUUGUAAAUUCUUAUCUGUUGAGUAAAAUGUUUAAAUAUGUAUCUCAUGUACAAAGUUGACAUACAUUAUAUUCAUGUAUAUAAAAUUAAAGAUACUAGAUUAUAUACUGUUCAUUUUCCCAAGCAGC